ACAAUAUGGUUUUGUGCAUUUAAUAUAAAUUGUUAGUUCAAAUAUAUAACAAAUACUUGCGCAGGCGCUUUCAACAGCCGGCAUUUGGCAGUAACACAAACGUUUGUCCGCCGCAACGCUGCCCGCUGACAAUCUUUGGUUUAAUUGUGUGCCGAAUGCUUAUUGUCGGCCACAGCGACCGCCACAGCCACAGUCAAAAUGUCGACGAGUUUGAGCGCGCCAACAAGUCGUCUGCGUUCGCUUGCCGUGGAUAGUUCAGCAGCUGCCAAUCGGCGGAAGCGACAAUCUUUCACAUAGCGGGAAAUUUAAGCGUUGAAGUCAGCUUCCGGCUUUGUUGUCUGUGCGAAAAGUAGAAGUGAUAAAAAGUCUAAAUUUAAACAACAAAAAUUAGGCAUAUGCCUUUAGCGUAUUUUCCGUUCCGUUUGAAUUCGACAAAUUGCAGACACGUGUGUGUAUCAAUAUCCGAAAUCAACAAAAACCAAAGGAAACACUAAGAAACCAAACGUAAAUGUAAGCACAAUAAAUAACAAUUGAAAAUUGAUGCACAUCUGUGUGUUUAUCUGUGUCGCUCAAAGUGCUCCAGCGAAAUUCAUUAAAUGACAAGUAAAAACCGCUAAUUAUACGCGAUACUUCGGCAUUUUCCGACAACUGACAGCCAACAGAUGCGCAAAAAUUGAUAGACAUUUUAAUGUAAGUGCGCAGCAACAACAAAAACAUCAAUUAAAAUAUCUGCGAAAUUUAUCGAAGCGAAAAAAAACUUUGAAAUGCAACAGGAAACGAAACAUGUGGAAAUUGAAUUAAUAAUUCGCGCUUGAACAGUUCAGUAUUCAGUGAGAGAGUUAAAAGUGCAAAGAAAUUAUAAUCCUUAGCCAUGAUGAGCAGUGUUACCAGCAUUGCCAUGGACAUGGAAAUGGAGACCGAGUCGGAGUCGCCUCUAAGCCCAUUGAAUGUCACGCAAGCCCUCUGGGAGCUGGCGAUGUCAACGACGUCGGAGACACCCUUCUCCGAUGACAACAACAACAGCAUCGCCGUCACUGAGAUAUCCUACGUGCCCUAUGCCCGGCGACCGGAAACGUAUAUAGUGCCCAUAUUGUUUGCCAUCAUCUUUGUGGUCGGCGUCCUAGGCAAUGGAACUCUGAUUGUGGUCUUCCUGAGCGUACGACAAAUGCGAAAUGUGCCCAAUACCUACAUACUUUCCCUGGCGCUGGCUGAUUUGCUAGUUAUAUUGACGACAGUGCCACUGGUGUCGACGGUCUAUACCUUCGAGUAUUGGCCCUGGGGCAGUUUUCUAUGCAGCGUUUCGGAGUUCAUGAAGGAUGUCUCGAUUGGAGUUUCCGUCUUUACGCUAACUGCGCUCUCGAGUGAUCGAUAUUUCGCUAUUGUAGAUCCGCUGCGCAAGUUCCAUGCUCAUGGGGGCGGCCGACGAGCCACGCGCAUGACCUUGGCCAUAGCCGUGUCCAUUUGGCUGUUGGCCAUCGUCUGCGGCUUACCUGCGCUAAUUGGCAGCAACUUAAAGCCCCUUGGCAUUAGCUCGGAGAAAUCGAUUGUCAUCUGCUAUCCGUAUCCGGAUACCUGGGGCGAGAACUAUGCCAAGUUGAUGGUAAUGCUACACUUUCUAGUCUACUAUGCCAUACCUCUAGUCAUUAUUGCCGCCUUCUACGUCAUGAUUGCGCUGCAUCUGAUGUACUCGGCGAGUGUGCCAGGUGAAAUGCAAGGUGCUGUCAGACAGGUUCGAGCGCGUCGCAAAGUCGCCGUCACGGUGCUGGCAUUCGUUGUUAUCUUUGGUAUUUGCUUUCUGCCUUAUCACGUCUUCUUUUUAUGGUUCUACUACUGGCCGACAGCACAACAGGAUUAUAAUACGUUCUGGCAUGUACUGCGCAUCUUUGGCUUUUGCAUGUCCUUUGCCAACAGCUGUGCCAAUCCGGUGGCUCUCUACUUCGUGAGCGGGGCCUUUCGCAAGCAUUUCAAUAGAUAUCUAUUUUGUCGUGGCAUCAGUGGACGGCGCAAGAAGCGCAAUCAGCACAACGACACCUUUUGCAUGCAUCGCAAUACCUCGCUGACCAGCACAGCCUCCAAGCGUUACCAGUCCCGUCACUCCUGCUAUCAGAGCACAACGCUGCGCAGCUGUCGCUUGCAGGAGACAACUAUUACGACGCUGCCCAACGGAGCCUCCAACAUGGCCGUGCCUCUCAACGAGGCGGCAGCCGGCUACGAGUUUACGCCCCUCGGCGGGUUCGGUCCAGUCAAGGGAGCACAGCUGUCGCAGCGGCUGCAGGAGUCGCCCCUAAACUAAGUCGCUGACAUCCCCACGGAGUAUACAGGAAAUAUGAAGUAGCAGCAGAAACUAAAACUUUUACAUAAAUCAAAUAUGUUACAAAAAUGAGAAAUUGUAAGAGAAAUACUUAGAGCAAGCGAGAAGUUUUUAUUUAAGAAUUUUAAAUGCAGUUAAGU